UACACACACUCAGAGUAUAACAGGACUCACAGUAGAACAAGCAAUCAAACCUGAGCGUCCACACCCUUGAGCAGCAUGGACGAAAAAGACAAAAGACAAGAAGAACAAAGGAAAAGAAGAAAGGAUGAAGAAGAGAAUAAAGAGGAGGAGGAGAAGAAGAAGGCUGGAGUGGAGGUUCUGACCCGGCAGCAGAUCCUCAUGCUGUGUGUCGGGCUCGGUCUGGUUCUGCUGCUGGUGGUCAUCACCGUAACCUCAGUGCUGCUGACCGUGAACUCUGACCCAGGAACUCCGGAGACGAUGGUGCCUUUUCCUACGGAUGGAGACAUGCUGGAGUUUCUGGUUCGGAACGGAGAGCUUCAGGAGAAGGACGGACUCUACGCCACGUGGUAUCACGCCGCCAACAGCAAAACGGAAAUGAACGAAGCCCUAGAAAGUGGAGUCAUGAUUCUGGAGGCUGAUGUAAACGUUGAAGGCCACAACACCGCCAACGAAACCAACAUCCCAAUCAUGGCCCAUCCUCCAGACGUCUACAGCGACAACACCCUGGAGGAGUGGCUCGAUGCUGUUCUCAAAUCCAAAAAAGGAAUAAAACUGGAUUUUAAAAGUCUUCAGUCUGUAGGACCUUCACUGGAUCUGCUGAGGAUCAAGAAUCAAACUGGAAUUAAUCGUCCGGUCUGGAUAAAUGCUGAUAUUCUACCCGGCCCAAAUGUACCGAACUUCUGGCCGGUCAUCAACGCCACUGUGUUCUUCGACCUCAUUGAGAAGAAGUUUCCAGAUGUCACCAUCUCUCCCGGCUGGAAGGUUCUUUAUUUAUCGCUUCUCCCUAAUGCGACGUACAGCCGGGCGAUGGUGGAGCAGAUGUACGACGCCGUCAAACACCUUCCCCAGAAGAUCACCUUCCCUGUUCUGGCCGUGAUGGGGAAGAACGGAUGGCCUCAUCUCAGCUGGCUCCUCAGCCAGUCGUCCAGGUUCAGUUUGACGCUGUGGCAGGGGGAGGAGAACCCCACUGUGAACGAUCUUCUCUUCAUCAGAGAUAACAGUAACCCUCAGCGCAUCUACUACGAUAUCAACGAGCUGGUUCUGUCCCAAUUCAAAGAGGCAUCAAAACAGAAAAACAGACGCAGGAGGUUUUAUCCAGGAGGUGAUAUAGUAAAUUACUUCAAACCUGCAGAUGAUGUCGGCUUGAACAUCCUUUGGGAGACAGUGACCGACAGACCAUCCCUGCUGUCUAUCCUCAAAGAAAGCCCUGGUGGGAUGCUCGAGAUUCCAGUAAUAUCUGGAGUCUCCAGUAUGCCAAAGAUUCCAGUGGUGGAAUCCACCUCCCAGCCAGAGCUGCCGCUCCAAGAUUGUCUUCACCUGAUUUUAUCCUCCCAGAAGUCUUGGGGCAUCUACCUGAGGAUCAAAUCACCAAACCAACUGGCCAACUCCCUCCAGAUCCUCCAGCAAGCGUACGCCAACCACCUACUGCACCACCCAACCUGGAUCAACAUGGACGUGGCCCACGGAUCCUUCAACGUCCACGGAUACAUCAGCGGACAGGAGUUCCUGAAGACCAUCGACCUGAACUUUCCGUACGUCACCAUCACUCCCAGUUGGCCCAAUGAGGUUCUGGAUCAAGGGUACACCCCGCAGCUGGUGGACGACAUGGUGGAGCUUUUCCGAAGCACCUGGCAGGACGUCUCGCUGCAGGUGGACGCCGAUCGUCUGCAGAGGACGGAGGAGGUGCGAAGACUUAGCGAACUUCUUCAACGUGAACCGAGGUUUUCUAUUACAGUGGACUUCAGGAGAGCGACUGAAGACUUUGGACGUAAAAGCCAAGAGGGUUUCUUGGCGUCUCUAUGGAAUGGGAAUAAGCAGCGAAUCUUUUAUAACAUGCCGAAAGUUUAAUCAGAAGGUGAUGUAACUUUUAAUGUAAUUUUGGCUGGGGAAUGCAUGAUGUCCAAAUAAUGUGUCCAAAUAAUUAUAGAAACGCCUUUUAAAGAGUUCAGUUGCAUGUACAAUAGCGUAGCUACUUUGCAAAGUUGAACACAUUUCAUUGCUGAAGCAGAUUACAAAUGCAUGGCUUGUCUAAUGUCUAGUCUCUGUUGUAGAGA